GCUCUGCCUGCAGCACCCAGAAGUGAACAGUAGGCGACCCGGAAGGUCUGAACUCCGACUGAAUGCGAGCUGAAAGAAGAGCUUUACCUUUUAAAAUAUAGAUCUAAAAAAUCAUUUCCACAUCCACAAACCCCGCACCGAGUCCGGAUCGAUCCGCCUGGGCAUGGCCGAGCCACGGUUUAAUAACCCAUACUUCUGGCCUCCGCCUCCUGCAAUGCCUGGUCAGUUGGACAACCUUGUCCUGAUUAACAAGAUCAAAGAGCAGUUGAUGGCCGAGAAAAUCAGACCUCCACACCUGCCCCCGACUUCGGUCCAAUCCCAGCAGCCCUUGCUGGUUUCCCCGACAUCUUCCGAAGGUGGGACACACACCAUGGCAGUGCAAAAGCUUCAGCAGAUGCCUGGGCUUCCGCCUCAUAGCCCCUCACAACCCGACGUGGCCCUGCACGCCCGACCUGCAUCCAGCUCCGUCGCAGGACGUAUUCUCGGUGAUGUAAACUUGAACCUGGACGACAAGGCGGCUUUAAAAGCCAGAGGACUGUGGGAAGACUGGCAUUUACGACAAAUUAUAGACCAGCCUUCAAGAGCGAACCAUCUGUCAGGUAUCGCACUCUCAUCUCGUCCUGGCAACCAGAACAUGACGGAGGCGAUGACCCCGGCCACUCCCACCUCCACCAGCAGCGGCGGCCACAUGCGAUACGGAUCAGCGCCUUCCGCAAACCUCCUCUCAGGGUUAGCCAGCGCCAUGGGGGCGGAGCCUAUGAAAAACUGCGGCGGGCUGGCGGGGCUGCUGGGACCGCCCCCGAAAAGCGGAGGGCGGGGACGUAAGAAGAUCAAAGCAGAAAAUGCGUCCGGUCCAUUGCUGGUUGUACCCUACCCCAUCCUGGCUUCAGGAGCCGACCAAUCGUCUGUAACAAUCACGGCCAAAGAGGGCAAAUCGUACAGGUGUAAAGUGUGUCCGCUGACUUUCUUCUCGAAGUCAGACAUGCAGAUUCACUCCAAGUCUCACACGGAGGCCAAGCCGCACAAAUGUCCUCACUGCACCAAGUCGUUCGCCAACGCCUCAUACCUGGCGCAGCAUUUACGCAUCCACCUGGGGGUGAAGCCUUAUCACUGCUCGUACUGCGAGAAAUCCUUUCGCCAACUCUCACACCUACAACAACACACCAGAAUCCACACGGGUGAUCGGCCGUAUAAAUGCAUCCAGCCGGGCUGCGAUAAAGCCUUCACACAACUCUCCAACCUGCAGUCUCAUCAGAGGUCACACAAUAAAGACAAGCCUUACAAGUGCUCCAACUGCUACCGCGCCUACUCCGACUCCGCCUCUCUGCAGAUCCACUUAGCCGCUCACGCCAUCAAAAAUGCCAAGGCGUACUGCUGCAGCAUGUGUGGCCGCGCCUACACGUCCGAGACGUAUCUGAUGAAGCACAUGUCUAAACACACAGUAGUGGAGCACCUGGUGACCCAACACUCGCCACCCCGGAACGAGUCUCCCAGCAUCCCCAUCCGCAUCUCUCUCAUCUGAACCCGGUCCAGUCCUCCUCCUCGGAUCACCUCGUCCUGGUGGCGUCUGUUCAUUCACUUCAUCAUUCUUUCAUUUCUGGUAACCAGGUAGACUGCGUCGAUCACAACUCGCACUGAAGGAGUUGUCGUUGGUUUAGUUUUAUUUUUUAUUAUUUUAUUUUUUAUUAUUUCUUUUUUUAAUUCGCACUAUCACUCUGUCUUUCUCUCUUUCUCUACCUCAUCAUGGAGUUUCAGAGAGAGCGGAGUGAGGAAAUAAUAGGGACAUCCAAAGACAGGUUUGCAGCACUUUGAGGCCUUUUGGCUUAAAAAAAAAAAAAAGAGAAAUAUUCAGUCUGAUUGUUUGGACAGUAAAAAUGCUAUAGUUCUUGGCAGCUAAAUUUUUUAUUUUUUUCGGGGGGGACGGGACAUUAGAUGUUACGCAGUUAAAAAACUGUCUCGUUUACAUCCAGUGGUUAUAAACACGUCUGAAUACCUUUUAGAGCUCGGACCAAGUCCGACAUGGAGAAUUUUCUAUCUUCUGCAUAAGAUUCAAAUACUCAUUCCUUUUGUAAAACUUUUUUUUUUUUUUAGUUUUUUAUUAUUAUUAUUAUGAAGCUACACGCUUUUCAGAAGGUUGUAGUAGGUUUAAUGAAUAAGAUGACGUGCCAAAAAAUAAUAAUAAUGCUGGUCUGUUGACUCCAGUGUACAUAAUCCCUCAAUCCCACUGCCGCUGGUGUGUAAAGAUGAAAGUAAAGAUUCCAGGCUCCGCUGUAGAGUCUGCCUUUCUAUAGUACUGUGCAAAAGUCUCAGCUCAGCUCUUUAUCUGGACGCAAAAAAAAAAAAAACAGAACAGCAGCUAUAAGUCGAGUCGUUUUAAACCUCUUGCACCACAUCGUUUUUAUCGUUAUAUCAAACCUCGUUUUUAAACACGACUUCUCGCCGACAUCCUCCGUCCCGUGUUUUUAUUUGGGUUUUAUUCGUCAUAUAAUGUUGUAGAACAGGUCGAUUUUCAAGACCCACAAAUGAUGAAAACUUCACAAAUGUCGAAUUUAUUGAAAGCACUAAAUCAAAUAGCAUCCAGUUCAAAAACAGAUAAGUGUAGUUGUGUUCGGUACCCUAAGUGACGUUGUUUUAAUUUACUUAUUAUGCAUUAUAGACCUAAUUGUUUGUGGUUGUGUAUGAAAUAAAGAAAAUCAUAAAUGAAGAUUAAUGAGGAACACAAAAAAAUAUUACGCCGUUCAUUACUCCCCACCUGUCAUGCGUUUAUUCACCACCAGAGGGCCACACCCCACACUUUGAGAUCCACUGAUUAUAAAUACAUAUGCGCCACCCUAUACACAUAUAUACAGUGUGGUUAAAACUUUUUCCAAAAUUUCCCCUUUUCCUGCACCACACUGUACAAUCUGAUGUUUCUUCAAGGCGUUCCUGGUGUAUUUGUUCAAAUCCAGCACCAUGUGAUUAUCAUCUAAUAACUCACCGAUUAACCUGUACUAGUUACAUAUACUAACGAAACGUUACUGUAUUGUUAGAUGGUUAGUACAAACACCCGAGUGCCUUGAAGCGAGAUUAAAUCCAGCACUUCAUUUUCAAACUGUUCCCCCUCCACCCCAAUCUUUCCUUCCCCAGAUGAACAGCUUUAAACAUGUUUUUGCUCAGGUGGGCUAAAACUUUUGCACAGUACUCAACAGAGUCACGUAUCCUCUUCGUGUGUGUGUGUGUGUGUGUACAUACGUUUAUGUUUAGUGCGUCAUCCUCCUCCAUGUAUUAUCAUUAUCAUCAUCACGUCUAAGUAUUAAAGAAUUACCAUUAUAUUAUUUUCUAUACAGUCAAGCCUUAAAUAUUUUAUCACUAAUUUUUUUGAUUUUUUUUUUUUUUACCUUUAUCCACAAUAUGUCUACCAUAAAGGUGUUCUCAUUGUACUCAGUACUGUAUGCCUUUUUUUUUAAUUCUUAGCAUGACUAUUCUGUAAAUAAACUAUAAAAUACUUAUGUGUUAACCCCCUUUAUAUAAAAAAAAAAAUCUAGUUAUUAUUACAAUUUUUUUUUUUUUUUUUUUGGUCUUGCAUUGUGGUACUCUGAAAAGUUCGUCUUGGCUGCUGUAAGAUGCGAAGUCGAGACUUAGAAUGGACUUAUACGGAAAAAUAAAUCUGAAAAAUCCGCA